CCUCCACUCAGGCUGUGUUUACAUGCUUUAGCGAGCUGCAGAUGAGCGCCCCCAACGACAGGAGGGGACCCCGAGACAUCACAGCCGCAGGACAAGACCCAGAGAGCCCAGACUGCUGCCAUGAAGGGAUCAACUACUGAAAUGCUGGAGGAUGAGACGGCAGUGACAGAUGAAGAAGAGAUUCCGGCUCCUGCGCCAGAGGAGCCUUCAGAUUCUCUGAAGGACCACCCGGACCCACCAGCAGGUGUCAUCUGGAGAGUGACAGGAGGACUAUACAGCAUGACAAGAGGAGCUGUCGGAGCCACCCUCGGAGGUGUCGCUUGGGUGGGAAGUAGAAGCUUGGAGCUGACAAAGACGGCGGUUACCAGCGUGCCAGCUGCCGGUGUGGGACUGGUUAAAGGAGGAGUUUCUAUGGUGACUGGUGGAGUUGGAGCUGUUGGCUCUGCUGUCGCCAACAAAGUGUACUUUGUCCACAAGAAAAAGGACAAGUUUGAUUAACCACGUUACUUAUUUAUCAUGGUCUGAUGACAUGCGUCAUAUCAGGAAGAGCGUCCAUGUCCACAUUUUUCAGAUUCCAGUGAUCAGCCCUUGUAGUAUGUCCUGACCUGGUAAAGAACUGGUUCUGACAACUCCCACUGAGAUCAAACUAAACUAGAUGCACCUUGAGAACCAAGUCAAUGGUGGACAUUCUAGGUUACAAUUUGCUAAAGUGAAGCAUUAUGUAAUAUUUAUUUACAACCUAUUAUUUACCGUACAUAGCGCAGAAAUAGUCUGCAGUGUUGUAGAGGAAAUGUACUUGCAUCAGUUCCCGCCAAUCACCUAUUUCAUACAUGAAUAUUGAGAGUUGUAUGGUGCUCUUUGGAAGGGAAGGGGAGCUGCUUGCAGACACAUACAUGAGCUCUCU